GUUUGUCUGAUUACUUCUGCAUCCAUGUCUGAGCUCACAGCGGAAGACAGGAACAUUGAAGAGCCAGAAAUACUGAAUUUGACCAAACAUGCCCUCUUUGAGGUUUCUCAUGCUCGGAGAUACGGACUGUUGGCUGUGUUCGCCCUGUCCAUCUUUAUAGAUGUAUCAUGUUCUUCCGCGUUUCUGGUCUUCACCGCUCCGAUAGCGAAAGAUCUUGACAUCAUUUUUGCUCAACAGAGCUGGAUCAUCACUUCUUACUCCCUUACAUUCGCAUCCUUUUUCAUGCUAUGGGGUCGCUUAGUGGACCUCCACUCACCACGACCAGUAUUCUGCACGGCAUUCGCCGUCAUAGGAGCGUGCAAUCUCAUCCUCUCAUUCCUGAAUGACAAAUACGGAUUCCUUAUACUCAGAGCCAUAGCCGGAGUGGCAGCUGCGGCAGUUGUACCCAGCUCAUAUCGCUUGAUCCCGAUGAUCUUCCCGCCUGCGGAACGAUCGCGAGCCUACACAUUGUUCAUGAUGACGGGAUCAUUGAGCAAUUCGCUUGCGGUGAUCCUUGCUGGAUUCUUCGCCCUCAUACCUCACUCUGGACAGAUGAGCGGAUGGAGAUGGUUCUUCAGGGUUUUCAGUUCAUUUGCCCUCAUCGGAGCCAUUCUGGGGUACUUAUUAAUUCCGGUACAGCCCAAAGCGCAGCGUCCCAAGAGACUCAGUCUAUACACAACGCUUAGACGUUUAGAUAUUCCCGCCAUCAUGUGUAUCGAGGCCAGCAUCAUCGCCAUCAUCCUUGCACUAACCUUUGGUGCGUCCUACGGCUGGAAGACCCCCUCAUUUCUGGUACCUUUCGUCAUCGGCAUCGUCCUCUUGCCUACAUUUUUCGUAUGGGAGCACUACAAGACCCGGACUGCCGUUGAAGAAGCGCUUCUGCCCAGUCAUCUCUGGCGGAUACCCAAUUUUGCAGUCCUCAUCAUCUUCUCCCUUGUUUGUCUCGGGUGGUGGGCGGUGAAUUUCCUGGCUUUUAUUCAGUGGUACAAUGAAGCUCAAGGCGAGACUAUCCUCCUCUCGGCACUUCGAACGCUCCCAGAAGGACUGAUUGCCAUUUGCGUCAGCGUGCUCUGCAUUAAAUAUCCCCGCAUGAUCUCCCGUCCUAGGUGGAGUAUCAUAUCCUCAAUGAUUGCCUGUAUUAUCGCGUACGUGCUCUGGACUCAAGCACCAAGUUACACGGGAUUGGACUAUUGGCGAUGGGUUCUACCCGGAAUGCUCAUUGGCUCUGCUGGAAUGCAAGUUAUUCUCCUCAGCGGCAACGUCGGGAUCAUGAUGACCGCACCUCCAGAUUUAACUGGCGCCGUCGGUGCCGUGUACAGCAUGUCGACCCAACUUUCAGUAGUUGUCGCACUUUCCAUCCAAGCUGGCAUGUGGUCCGUCCAUCCAGGCGGGAUUCAUGAUCGAUCCAAUAUACGAUUGAGCUUCUACGUCGAACUUGGAUGGCUCGUGCUCUGGUUCAUUGGCUUUGUGAUCUUCUACCGGCCCGGUAAAUCGUGGGACUCUGAUGAAGACACCGCAGAGAUUGAGAGCGCUACCUCGAAGACUGAGCAAUCGACAAUCCCGAAAUUAGAGACUUCAAGUGACUUAGAUCUUUAGAAUCCAUUUAGAAACCAUAUCGCAAGCAUAUCAUCGUCGUUGUUGUUGUAUGUAUGGUCGUCUCAGCUUUCGUGACGUCCA